CCAAAACGUUUCACCUCAAUUCUUACAACAACUUCAACGUGCUCAACAAGAAGCUGCUCUAAGACAUCUUACUCCUCAACAACUUGCACUUUAUCAACAACAACUUCAACCACAACCUUCUCCUCAAACUCAAAUGAUGCCUCCUCCUCCUUCUCCUCAAAACAAUGGAUCUGGUCAAGUUAAAGAACAAGAUUAUGUCUAUUUUCAACGUAUCCCGUCUCAAUUCUCUAAGACUACUGCAGAGAAAACGACGGCUUGUAAGUUAAAGAUUGAACAUAUCUAUCGUAAAGCGGUUGAAGAAGCCAUCGAACGUAACCAAAGACGACAAGAAGUCGAAAAGAAAAUCGCAUCAGAACCUAAUAUGACAGAAGAAAGAAAACAUAGACAGUUGGCUACGUUGGGUAGAACUGAAUCUAGUUUUUUAAGAUUGAGAAGAACUAGAUUAGGUUUAGCUGAUUUUAGAACGGUGAAAGUGAUUGGAAAAGGAGCGUUUGGAGAAGUGAGAUUGGUUCAAAAAGUAGAUACGGCUAAGAUUUAUGCUAUGAAAACUUUAAGAAAAUCUGAAAUGUUUAAAAAAGAUCAAUUAGCACAUGUUAGAGCUGAACGAGAUGUUUUGGCUGAAUCUGAUUCGCCUUGGGUCGUUCAAUUAUACUAUUCAUUUCAAGAUUCACAAUAUCUUUAUUUAUUGAUGGAAUUCUUACCAGGAGGUGAUUUGAUGACGAUGUUAAUUAAAUAUGAUACCUUUAGUGAAGAUGUCACUCGGUUCUAUAUGGCUGAAUGUGUUUUGGCAUUAGAAGCGGUUCAUAAACUAGGAUUUAUUCAUCGGGAUAUCAAACCAGAUAACAUUUUGAUCGAUAAAGAUGGACAUGUGAAGUUAUCUGAUUUCGGACUUUCUACUGGGUUUCAUAAACAACAUGAUUCAGCAUACUAUCAAAGAUUAUUAGAUGGAGAUUCCUCUAGCAAUUCAGCCCCACCUCCUAACCGAAACUCAGUAGCGAUCUCAUCUAUCAACUUGACCGUUUCAUCCAAAGAUCAAAUCGCUACUUGGAAAGCCAAUCGACGUAAAUUAGCUUAUUCUACUGUAGGAACACCGGAUUAUAUUGCUCCGGAAAUCUUUUUACAACAAGGUUAUAGUAAAGAAUGUGAUUGGUGGAGUUUAGGUGCGAUCAUGUUUGAAUGUUUGGUGGGAUAUCCUCCGUUCUGUUCGCCUUCGGCUCAUGAAACUUAUCGAAAGAUUAUCGAUUGGAGAAAUGAAUUGUAUUUUCCUGAUGAUGUUCAUCUUUCACGUGAGAGUGAAGAUUUGAUUAGAAGGAUGAUCACUGCUGCUGAUAAUCGAUUAGGUAGAAAUGGUGCUGAAGAGAUUAAACAACAUACGUUUUUCUCGGGUGUUGAUUGGCCUACGAUCCGUAAUAUCGAAGCUCCAUUCGUACCACACUUAAAAUCGGUGACAGAUACUAGUUAUUUCCCUACUGAUGAUUUGAAUGAUGUACCUACUGAACCAGUUGGUGCUGAUACUGAUAGUGGUAGUAAAGAUUUAGCUUUCUUGGGUUAUACAUUCCGAAGAUAUGAAAACUCUGGUGCUAAUGCAUUUUAAUGGUUUAUUAAACAAACCAAUGAAUGAAUCAAUGAAUAAAGAGUAUCUUCUCUUUCCUUUUUGUAUAUUGGACUUUUUCUUUGUUUGCAUUUUGGUGAGAAAUUAAAGAAGGAUGGGAGGUUUAGAAGAGGGGAGGUUUUUUUUUGAUAGAAUGAAUGGGAAUCAAUCCUCAGGGGGGGUUAGAUUGUGUUUUCUUCUUCUUUAUCUUCAUCUUUCAAAAAAUUCUCAGUUUUUACUCUCAUUUGCUUUUGUUUACUUUUUCACUUUUUUGAAAAAAAAUUGUUUGAGGUUUAUGAUUUUCUUUAAAUUGAGUGAAAAUUUGAUUAUGUUUUUGGUGUUUUUGAAAAUCAAGAGUCUUGAUUGUCUUG